CCCUGCCUUGUCUUGCUCGUGGCAGAGUGGCAGGCGUCAGCAGUUUGUUCAAGAAAGGUCCAUCUACCUACGACGGGCAUGAGGUGAGUCUCUACUCCGCAGAGACUUUGCUCCGUCGCUUGUAUAAUUACCACCAGCAAUUGGGACAUUCUUUUGGAACGGCGCGAUAAUGCAUCUUUAUGGGUUAGAGCAUCGCCAGGAUGGAGGAGCCCCUGGUGAAGGAGGACCAGGAGGCAGCACCGGUGCAAGCAGUGUGGUUCUUUCUAUCACCAGCUCUAUCACAAGUGCAAGUUUGACAAGAACUUCGAGUCCGGGUGCUUCUGCGACUGCUUCUUCGACAACCUCCAAGACUUCCAGUGCUUCCCCGACCCCCACCCAGACUUCGGAUUCGAGUAACAAUACUCCAUUAAUGAUCCCAAUAAUUGGAGCUAUCAUUGGAGUUCUCGCUCUCAUUCUCGGCUUCUACUUCAUACGCCGUACUCGAAUCAAGCACAAGAAUCCGAAAUACAUACCUACACCAUUCUUGAAGAAGGCAUGGCAGAAAUGGAAUCCAAGUCCGAUGCAAUACAAACUCCCGAAUGCGAACGAAUCUCUGGAGCCAGUGUCUACGCGAACUAGGGCUUCGAAUCGAGCCUCGAAUCCGCCCAGCUCUUUCGACGCGAAUGCGGUCGCAAAUGCUACGGCUGGCGUGGACAGGAACACCUCCGUGAGAUCAGUAAUGACGCUACCAGCUUACCGUCCGAACGCUUUGGGUAAUGAACAAGUUCUGGGGCGAGAAGGAGAUAGAGGCGGAAUUGACGUGGUAAUCGAGUUCCCGGAGACACAGGAUGAUGAGGAACUGCGGCGGGAGGAAGAGAUGGAAGCAUUAUACCAAGUUCGUCUAGCCCGACGGCGAGAAAAUGAAGAGCGAGAGGAGCGGAGGAGGUUACGGCGAGAAGCAAGGGAGAGGGGCGAUUAUGUUGCAUUACGCGAGAUAACUGCGAGGGCCCGGGCAGCAAGUUCUACAAGUGCCGGGCAGACAGUCGAGGAAUUACGGGCAGAGCACGAACGGAUCAAGAAAGAGCGGCAGAGAGCUGUUUCUUCCGUUUCUUACGGUGAUCUGGGUGUCGCUCGACACGAUGGAACGAGGUUACGAGCCAAUAGUCAGGAUAGUGAGAGGCAAGGCCUCUUGGGGGACGCAGCAAGCAUAGCAGCUAGCUCCCGUUACCACCGUCGGGACCGCAGCACAUCUUCCAUCCUAAGUGUCGACACGCAAACCUCCGAUCUUCCUUCCCCAGGCCUAACUCGUUCUCGAGCAACUUCGAAUCUUGAUAGUCCUAGAAGAGGGAGCCAGCAGACUGAACGCCGACCCUCGACUUCGAAUGAAGGCAGAGCAGGAAGCAGCCCAGAGAUGAUCGAGCACGAAGACGUACCUCCGAACAGUCCUCCUGGAUAUGAGAAUAUCUCCCUCGAUACGCCGCAUGACGAACACCCCCACCACGAGCCCCCACCAGAUUAUACCUCUCCCGUUCUCGCGCGCGGCGAGCAGCACCCAACGAUCGAAUCAUCGCUUCCUCCUACAACGACCUCCCCCAGUACACCCGUCUCCCCGCUUUCACCAGGACUCAGACCUUCUUCCGUAGCGAUAUCUGUGGAUAGUAGAGGCUCGAGGAGGGAGAAUAGGACGGAUCAGUUGAGGGAUAGCCGGACGAGUAGCUCGAGUUCUCUGUCUACAAGUAGGCCGCCGAAUGAGAGACGGAGCAGCAGAGGCGUGGGAGGCGUACCGCAGUUACCAAGUCUGAGGCUGGCGGGCUUGCCGUCUAUACAAGUCGAUCCUGGAAGUCCGCAAAUAGGGAGACAGAGUGAUGCUGAGAGGUCACCUACCAGAGGAGGCCAACGUUGAUCGACAGAGCAGGAAUGGCGUUUCAUUCGAUGGUUGGAUAAUUGGAGGGCUUGACAGACGAGGAGAUGAAUAAUGAUUAUAUGCCGUUGUUAUGUUGGAUAUACAAAGAUCUUUUUCAAGACUCAUGACAUACGGGGCUCGACGGUCCGAAUCUUGGAGAUUGGAAAUUGCGCAGAGUCAAGGGGAGAAAAGGGAUGAAAUGAAUCUUCCUGCCUACUGCCUCAUGUUGUGUCUCAUUGUAGACCACAGUUUUGUCUGUCUAUUUCAAACGUCGAAGCGAAGCAAGGGAGCGUGGCGCUGGUUUAUUAACUUGGGCUUUCUGGCCUGCCUGGGAAUUCACGUACACAUAGAUACGCAAAAGGCUUGCAUGCUCAGUGGAAUUGGAAUGAGCUGACAUUGUCCUGUCUACUCUCAACCAGAGAUGAUUCUUGAUGUGUGCAGCUUGGUGAUAUAUGAGACAGAGUUGAAUGGACGGUGACAUUCUUGUGGUACGCUACCUUUGGGGAGCAGGAAUCCUGUAAACUCUAAGCAUGAUCCCAUAGAUUCAAAUGGUCGAGUACAGUAAGCGGAGUAUUGGGAAACGGUCCAUGGGUGGGAAAGAGCCUUGAACCUUUGCAUCUGCCUCGUUACAUGCUCAUUGGAGCUCUCAGGCCCUGUAAUCAUCAGCGGCAUGAAUGAAGAGAUGUCUGCUUUGUCGUCGAAUGGAUUGGCUUCACAGGAUCGAGCCAGGUCACAGUCGUUUGGUUUUUUAUAUCGCCUUCGAAACUUGUUUCUAUUUCUUCCGUUUGAAGACACCAAGGUACGAUAGGUAUUUUAUGUGGAAGGGUGAGACACUCUGGAGAAGGCGGAUAAUUGCUCUACCUCACAAAUCAUGGAGGCAAUCUUCUGGAACGAUUGUGCUCUGGCGUAAACCCCCUUUUAGCUACGACUUAGUAGGAAGUCAAAGAUAUUUGAGUGAGGAUAUAUUUCAUCUCCAGCCCGUGGAUCGCAAAGAUGGAGGGCCGUGAAUCUCCGAGAGUUGGAGGGUUUUCGCCACCUCCAAUCAUUCUCAUCAACUCGAUUCUUCCAAUCCUAGCUUUGUUUUGGUUCCACACUACUAUCCACGUGGGUUCGAAAGGUGAAACAUAGAGGGCAGUAUCUUGGCGAAUCACCCUCUCUAAAAAAGAACGGUUCGUGGGAAACUCUCAAAAAAAAAAAAAAAAAAAAACAGCUAUGAUAAUUCUUCGUGAUGUUCAAGCAGGAGAUCCCCAGCUACAAGUACCCCCUAAAGCAGCCCUCCUGACUUAGGGCAGCUCUGUCUGACCACCUCUAAUUUGGUUCUACUUUCAUAGAAUGAUUACUAAGAGCGAGUUAAAAAUAACAGCCUGUUUUCAAGUAGGUGAUGUGAGUACUGGAGAAUGGAAUUCAAGGAAGCAGAUGACGACCUAGAUCGCGGAAAUAGAAGAACAAAUGAAUUUACAUGGAGAUUGACGCGUCAAAUAUCUUCAUAACAUACUGA